CGCGCUGUUUGUGCUGCGAUUUUGACAGUUGCGCUCGGCUCUCCGCUGUCCGCUUCGGGAGCGGUGGGAGGGCAGACGCAGUCAUAUUUACGGUCAGGCACGAGCUUAUAAAUCAAUGUUUCGAAUCGAAGAGCACCCUACAACGUGGAGGAAAUGUUUUCGGGGAGAUGCGAGGAAGAAAAGUGACCGUAAAACCACAGGAAAAGACGGCUGUUCGGAUUACGAGCGAGAAUAUCAGCGGCUAGUCGCGGAGGCUAACGGUGGUUGUCAGCAACGUUAAUGUUGGUUGCCAGGCUGCGUUUGGUGGACUGGCGUCUUGCUGCUGGACAUUACUCAUUGGACGUAACCCAUUGUGCAGUUUGAAGAAAACGAUUCCCACCUCGAUUAAUAAAAAUUUCCAGCCCAUAAUAAAAAUGCGACUGAAGUGAUCGGCGAGAGGGGAGAUGAUGAGUUUCCAGGACGUGAGCUGGCUGGUCCUAGUGGCGCUCUUCUGUGUCUCGCUGCUGGUCGUGCUAGUCUGGCUUGUUCAGUUCUCCCUGGCCUUACUGAGGCCUAGGAGAGGUGCCAGGCCCCAGCGGAGCGAAGAGAGCUCCUGGCAGCUGCCCCUCAGCCUCACCCACCAGACUCUGACGGGCGGAGUGUGGGGCUCCCUCCUGAGGCUCAGAUUUGGGCGAGAUGGCUCGGCAAGUGACACUGAGGCUGGGGUCAAAGGGCUCCUGUCCUCCCUUUUCGCGUUCAAGUCGUUCAGGGAACACUGGCAGAGGGCGUGGGUGAGAGCGCUCAACGAACAAGCCUGCAGACAAGGGAGUUCAAUUCAAAUCACCUUUGAUGACAGCCUUCAGCUCCCUACCUCUGCAUCCAUUGACCAUGUGACUUGCACAGAACAAUCAGCACACAGCAUGGUUUUGCAGUGCAACUGUUCCAUUGACACGGUAACAUUCCCAGUGACUGUCACUCAGCAGUCACCGGCGGCCGUCUCCAUGGAUAUGUACCAGAUCACCAUGGACCCCAUGAAGGCCCAGUUGCAGGUUUGUCUGGAGGAGGUGGAGGAAGAAGGCCUGCUGGUCUCUUGGACAUUUUCCCAGCAACCCCUGCCAUCCUUAACCGUGACUCCAAGACAGAGAGUUCAGAGAGAGAGCUCAGAGGCAGAGGUGGACGUGGAUAUGAUAGCAAAAUUGGUGGAAGACACACUAUAUGCCACGCAACCUGCCAUGAUCCUCAACCUGAGAGCAUGUGUCUCCAGCCCUGCUUUUCCCAGAGAGAAGAAGGAAGGGAGCCACAACUCUCCACAGCAAAACAAUGCUCUUAGACGCCUUCUGGUGCGUCAUCUGAAAGCCUCUAGUGUGAAAAAAGGUUGCCAGGCUCAUGUCGGGGAGCUGUGCUGCGUACUGAGCUUGGACGUCCCUGCACUGGAGAAGAGAACACGGUUCCUCACACCUUCCACCAGCCCUGGAGCCACACUGGACUGGGGAGAAGACCUCAUGCUGGAUUUGCAACCAGAAACCAAAGAACUCAAAGUUAGACUCGUGGAACGCAACAGCAAAGGAGAACAAUUCUUGCCGGGUCAUGCCUGCUUAUCACUGGAUCUCCCUAGGAGGAGUCCCAAUGGACUUCACAAACUGUCCAUCACACCAGGUCAUGGUCUGGCACCGACAGCUACUGUCACCUUGGAACUCCUAUACAUGGAGUUGAAUGAUGUGCGUGGAUGUCAGAAUGCUACACCACUUCGCUCCUCACUCACGCCGUCCAAAAAGGUGGACGUAGACCGCACUAUCAUGCCAGACGGCACCAUCGUCACCACAGUUACUACCAUCCAGUCACGGCCGAAGCUGGACCGCAAGCUAGGCGAUUCUCCCUCUAGGUCUCCGUCUAAGGUGGAGGUGACGGAGAAAAGGCCGACAGUGCUGACAGAGAGCUUCCAGAGCCGAGCCAGCAUCAGCCCCACACCCAGCACAGAAAGCCCCCUCUCGAAUGGGCUGGACCCUGUAGCAGAGACGGCCAUCCGGCAGCUGACCGAGUCGGCCAGUAAAGCAGCAAAGAAGACCCCCACCAAACGCAGCACACUCAUCAUCUCUGGAGUGUCAAAGGUUCCUAUUACAGAAGAUGACUCUGCAUUGUCAGUGGGCUAUGCUGCAGCUAUGGAUGCUGCCCUGCAGGGGGAUCACUCUCCAAGUGGAGCCCCAAACCACCAUGGAGCAUCCCCCAACCAGGAUGCGGAAGAGACCACGCCAUCCGACGUGUCUGAGCGGCCGUCUGUCGACGACGUGGAGUCAGAGACGGGCUCUACUGGAGCGUUAGAGACACGCAGCCUCAAAGACCAUAAAGACAUUACGACCCCUGGUUCCUAUCACCACCAUUGUAAAGAGAUCAAAGUAGUGGGCUUCCUCCGCAGUGGAACGAAACUGCUGUUCCGCAGAAGGCACAGACAGAAGGACCCCAGCUUCAGCCAGUCCCAUGAGGACGUCUGCAACCUGGGCAACGACUCGUCCACAGCUUCCUGCUCCUCCAGCAGCCGCAAGAAGUCCGGAAGCUUCUCACGCCGCCUGAUCAAGCGUUUCUCCUUCCGUUCGUCUAAAAGCAAAGGCAAAAGUAGCGCCACCAACGGGGGGGCCAACACGGCUGACAACUGAGGGACGGACAGAGAGAGAGAAACUGGAUAGACGUGGUGCGGGCGCCAGUCGAAUGAGCAAGGGGCAGCUAGAGCGUUAGAAACAGUUCCUGGAAAAAAAUGAAGCCUGUGCUCCCUUUUUGGGAGGUGACAGGCAUAGCCUUGACCCUCCUUGUCCACAAUAUUUGACCCAAACAGCCAUCGUUGCUUCACGAGCGUGAUGAGUACAUACGCCUCAGGCGGACACACAUCUGUGCUCUGGCUAAUGUUUUGUUCAGGGCAGAAUUCUCAAAGAAACACCAGGAAAAACAAAGGGAUUUGUCUCCUUUUGAAAUACCUAUUGAUUGUCUAAACUGUGGGCUUAAUAAUAGACUUUAAAUAGCUGCUUUCAUGGAGGAUAAGGGACAGAAGUGAAUUGAAAAUAGGAGGGGAGUGAAAUGCUGUAAGACUUGUUCAGCACAAGGGGGCGACAUAAACCAAUACUUAUCAAAGCCUCCCACAUUAUGUUGCUAUGUGUUUUUAUUAUUUAUUUAAUUUUCAUCAGUUGCACUUUGAAACUUUCUCUGAUUGUUUACAACGCUGGGGAGCUUUUUCUUCUUCGGUUUUCUUAUGUUGUGUAUUGUUUACUGUCACUGACACUAAAUUAUUACUCCUUACCACACAAGGAUUUGUUAAUGAGUUAAUUAUGGUGAGGCUUAUGCUGUGUGCUUUGUUGUUUUGCUGUAGUUAAUAGCAAGUUAGAUCAACAAAUAUUAAGCCCUGUUUUUCAAAUAGUGGUACUUUCAUUGUGGCACCUUCUUCUUUUAUAAUGUUUGUUAAAAAAAAAUACACAGGAGUAGUAUGCAUAUCUAAUAAUUAUGUUUGAGUGAAUUUUAGUUGUAAAGAUAUGAACCAUACAAACAGAAGUAAGACAAAUUUAACUAUGAUUAAAAGUUUCUGAUUAUAAAUUAUAUCAAGUUAAAUUUACAAUAAGCUAUAAUAAGUAUUUCAGGUUAAAAAAAUAAAAAACCUCAGGGGAUAUUACGAACGGUUUCCAUAAAUUAUGUUAAAUCUUUUCAAGCUUACUCACUGCUUAGAGGACAAAAAAAGACACAUCCUGGACAGUAUGCUCCAAAAUAAAAGUUCACUACCAUUACUUAAGUCCUUAUUUAUUUAGUUGCAAUAAACUUAGAAUGCCCAAAGUGGGUUCCCCUGCAUGCAUAGCUUAGAUGACUCAACCUAAACAUGUGUAAAUAGCGAUAUUGUUUAAGUGGGAGCUUUGGAGGAGGAGACCACUUCUCAAUUUCACCUUCAAAUCUACAUAACAGCUAAAAUGGCAGACUUCUAGCGGCAAGGUGAAUGCUUAACUCAGCUUCUGAUGGCUUUAGCUAUUCGAGGACAAAUUGUCUGACCAUUCUCGUUCAUCACAAGACAAUAGUAAGAUUGUUCUAGUAAAUGUGGUGCCAUGGCCUUGGUGAAAGCUGGUUGAAUGAAAAUGUAAGCGCUUAUCCGGGUCAUUGUCUUCUAACCCUUUCUCCAUUCUUCUCAAUGAUUACUUCAGGCCAGCAAAUUCCAAUGCAUUGCCUUUGAUUGCAGAGUUGAUUGAACAUUUAUGUUUAAGACACCUGGAAGAAGUCCAACUGAUUAUGAAUGGUUGAGAUCCUUUGCUCUUUCCUACCGAAAAAAAUAACUACAGAGCCUGAAUGAAGACCCCAAUCUUACUCUACUAUUAGGCCCAGAAUGUCAGUCUCUAUGGUAAUAGUGAGUCGCCUAAAGAGAAAAGAAUGCCUCUCAGAUAUUUGGAGCUUUAUAAUACUAUGUGGUUACUUCAAUGUUUAAUUUAUUCUGAAUAAAUUAUUUUUGAAAAAUGCA